AUGGAUCGUUCCAGUAUAACAUCCGCGAACACCGAUGCGGAGCAGGAGCGCCCGGAAAAGCCUGAAGCUGAGCAGCAGUGUAAUGAACAGCAUGAUGCUGAUCAGGAGAGGCGUGCAAAGCGUGAUGCUGAGCACCGCCUGAAAUACUUCGACACUUGCAAUUGGUUCAGCUUCUUGUUUAUCCAUUGGUCUCGUUCUUGGAUGUCCUACUUCUGCAAAAGCUUCAUUGAGCCCGAUGAUAUCCACCCUUUGCCGAAGGUAGACUCCGUCGACCUUUGGCAACCGAAAUUCGCGAAGCAUGUCAGCGAUGGGCUUUUGCGGUUGGAGCGGUGGGAGUCUGAACGCGCUUCUGAAACAGGCCGGAGAAAGGCUCCGAGACCUUACACCAGCGUCAUCUUGCGUGCGUUGUUCUUGACGUUCUGGCGCUGUGUUGCGGUACUGCUUUUGGCCCACAUUGCGCUGAACCUGGUGAACGUGGGUACUGCGAUCUUGUUGAAAAAGUUGAUGGGUUAUAUGAACGAAAAGGAUCGGUCGAUGAAGGAUAUUAUUGGUAUGAUCGUCAUUAUUGUUGCCGUCGAAUUUGUGCACUCGGUGAUCAGCCAGCACGUGUUUUUGUAUUUCCAUCGUGUUCACGUAAAAAUUGAAGCGGCGAUUACCAUCACGCUGUUCCAGCACGGUAUGUGCCACCGUCGUGCCUACGCAUCGAGCAUUGACGGGUUACCUGAGAUGUCAUCGUGCAAGGGGGUUGUUCACUCGUGGCCCUGCAAGGACGGCGAAUGUGCGUCUAAUCCCCUGCUCUGUCCUGCGAGGAGAUACCAAAACAGGGAGUUGCCACCCAACAUCUAUGUGUACUUGUUCGUCGACGCGUACGCUAUAGUGUGCGUUGUCAAUGCCAUGAUCGAUAUCGUAAAGUUCGUCUCCGUUUUCGCCUUCUCCAUUUACCUUAUUGGUUCACGUAUUCAGAUCAAUGUGCUGGUUCCUGCGUCGAUCGUGCUCACCAUCGUUUUGAUUUUGAUUAUGAUCGAGGCGAUCAACGGUUACGUGUGGUAUCACACGCUUCAGUCCAAGGAUAACCGUGUGGCCAGAACGGCUGAGGCACUCGGUCACUUGAAUGUUUUACGUGUGAUGGGUGUGGAAGACGUAGGUUACAACAUGGUGCGGCACAGCCGUCAGGACGAGAUAAUGUUGCUGAAGACACGUAUCUCCUUGCACGCUGUGAGCGUGUUCUUGAACCGUAUCAUUGGUGUAUCUGUCUUGCUUUACAUUUUGCUGGACUACAUUAAGACCUUGAAAACGUCGAUCAACGAGUCUAAUUUCGACAUUUCGGCACCUAUUACGAUCAUGUUCAUUGUGGAGAAGAUUGCCAGUGCUUCUGAUAACCUUCCCAAGACGAUGAAGACCGUCGUGGAGGCUGCUACGUCGUUGACCAGGGUUGAGUGGUUCAUCAGGUCGUGCUCUCCGAACUAUUACUUGAAUACCUACAAGGAAGCCACCGCCUAUCUGAAGAGCCAGUCCAAUAAGUUGACUCAGGCCAACCUCCAGGAUGAGCUCCCUUCUGACACAGUUGCACAGUUCAAGGAUGCCUCUUUUGCCUGGUAUUACGACCGUAAGGAGUUGCUCAGCGUUAACAAGGCAUCUAAUCCAUUCUUCACCAAGAUUAACUUUGAGUUGAAAGGUGGCGAUGUGAAGAUCAUCACCGGCAACCAGGGUUGUGGUAAAACUAGCUUCAUCAAAGCGAUGCUGGGCGAGAUGAGUCUGGUAUCGGGUAGCAUGGCGGUUGCUCCGCUGUCAACGGGUAUGCCCAUUUUCUACACAUCGCAGGAGGUGUGGCUGCCUAGCGGUAGCAUCCGUUCGAUCAUCACGUUCGGGUACGCGUUCGACGAGGACAUCUACAAGACGGUGCUUUCUGCGGCCGAGCUUGUCACUGAUAUCGAAGCAUGGAGCGAUGGUGACAUGCGUGUGAUCUCUGCGAAGGGUUAUUCUCUGAGUGGCGGUCAACGUGUGAGGUUGAGUCUGGCGCGUGCUCUCUACGCGUACCUGAUCUUCAGCAAGGCCAAUGAAAACCUAGAAGAUCGCUGCCUUUUCUUGAUGUGCCUCGACGAACCAUUUAACGGUUUGGACGCUAAGGUGACGGCGUCCAUUGCGUCAAACCUUUUCAAGAAGGGUACAGGUUUGUUAGUAAGGGACGAUGUUUCUGUUGUAAUGGCAAUGUCUAAGAUGAACUUGGGAAUUUGUCUGUCGUCUGUCGACGCGGGUAUUAUGGCGGACAUUGCUGUCUUGAUGAUUGAGGAUGGGUGCUUAUCCGAUGAGCGGGGCUUCCAAGCAUUGAGCACGGAAGGUUUACCCGCUGAAGCCUCACCCAAUGCUAAGGCCAGUAUGCGUAUUAUGCGCAAACACAGCUCUCUGUUCCGUAUUCCGGAUGGUGUGUGGAGGUCUUGUGAGGACGGCGCGUUGAACAUGCGUAAAGAGAACUACCACCUUUCUCGCCGUUUGAAGGCCCUCGCUACCAACUACACGGACGAUAUUGCGUCGCAGGGUGACCUUUGCGCCACUAAAGCCGGUUAUGUGACCCUGUUCAAGGCAAUGGGAUUGGUAUUGUGCUUCGUUAUCUUAACGUUUGCUUUCUCCAGUGCCGUCAUGGACAAGGUGAACGCGAUUUGGGUUGCAAAGUGGUCGGAUUCGGUGAAGGCUCUUGGAGGUACAGACCGGACUACAAUAACGAAUACCGAAGCCAUAAUAAAGGAGCACGAUCAAACCAGCGUGCUGAUUACCAGUUUCUCGUCCUUGUACAUUGGCUUGAUUUUCUUCGCAAUUGCACUCAUCGCUGUCGCGAAUGUCGUCGGAGCUACCCGCCUACACGACUUCGCUUUAAAUUCAAUGUUUACGAAGAGUUCAUCGGUUAUCACGCUGAAGAAGUCUGUCGGUGAAUUGUGCACCUUUUUGGCUUCUGAUCUUGCGUACAUUGACAUUCACCUGGUGCUUCUUGGCCAGCACGCCGUUUUCGCGUUUUUGAAAUUGCUGUUGCAAUUCGCUACGGUGUGUUACACUAUCCCGAUUUCAAUCCCAGUCCCCGUGAUUGGUGGUGCGAUAAUUUACUUCGGGCUCUUGCAAAGGUACCUGGUUGCUUCGAAGAAAGGUCAGCUGCUCAUGCUUGAGGGUGUCACAAACAUUAAUGCGGUGUAUGCAAGUGUCAUUGACGGUUCUGCUGUGUACAGGAGCUACCAGAAGGAGAAGCAGUGCAUCAAAUCGAUUUAUGAGAGGUCGGACUAUUAUUACCGCAGCAAGUUCAUCAAGGCCGCCUUCACUGCGCGUUUCAUGAUUGAGACGAAGCUCAUGACGUGUCUGAUGCUGUUUAUUGUCGCACUGUUGCCCGUGCUAUACAGUUACAUGACCGGUAAGCCUCUUCAGGUCGCUCAGGUUGGUCUCGGAAUAUCUGUUACCAUGGCUAUUAACUCUGCCCUCACGUCAUUCAUUUUGUACUAUACAUCGUUGGAUAAGAGUAUGUGUUCCAUGUCGCGCUACAACCGCUUCUUCUUACAGGGCAAAUUUUCUCUGAACGAGAAGUUUGAAAGCAUGGACGAGACCGUUUUGCGUAAGGUUGGUGAUAAGGAUGAAUGGAACAAGGAGAGUUGUGCUGCUCUGUUGAAACGUCGUAAGAACGAGUUCCGCAACUUCAUGUUCCGUCGUUACCGUUCGGUGCUGAGCUCGCUGUUUUACAAACCCCGCGUGGAGUUUUUGGACUGUGGAGAGUAUUUGUGUGGGGAGCAUGUUUCGCUAGAAUUGGAAAACGUUUCAGUUCCACAGCAGGCAUCUGCCACGGGUGAGAACAGUCGUUACAUCCUGAAGGGCGUGACUGCGAGCACGCGUGCUGGUGAUGUUGUGGGUAUAGUGGGUCGUACUGGCGCUGGUAAGAGUACGCUGUUGAGUGUGCUGCAGAACAUUGCAUCGAAAAGGGAGGGCUCCGUAUUGCUCGACGGUCGGGAGUUGAACAGCAUCCCUCGUAAGGUGCUGCGCCACAUCAUCGGCGUGUUGCCUCAGAUGCCUUUUGUGUUCAAGGGGUGGACCCUGCGUCGUUUCCUGGACCCGCGUAUGUUGCACUCUGACGAGGAGAUCUUGCACGCCCUGGAGUGCUGUGGCUUGUUGGAUAUGGUCAAAUCUCUGCCUGGCACCGAUCCGCUGGACGCCAUCAUGGUACCUACUACUGCCAUUGUUAAAGGCGGUUUCUUCCUCAUCACGCCUCUGAUUAAGAUAAAGGGCGCAACUAAUACAGGUUUUGUUUUGCAAGCAGCUGCGGAUGAGAAGCCUAACGACACAACUACGUCGAAGAGCUUCUUCUCUUCAACGCAGUUGCGUAUGCUCUCUUUCGCCAGACUCGUCCUUUACCGCGAUUUGUACCGUAUUUUGUUAAUCGACGAACCUCCGGCUGAUGAGAAUUCAAAUGAAGGUGCAGCGGAGGCUGCCAACGAGGAUGAGAACCUUUCCGGUACAGCCGUGCCGCCCGUGUACGACCUUGUGCGUAUGUACUUCAAACACUGCACUACGUUCAUUGUGGCGCACGACCAGAACGUUUUGAAGUACUGCAACAGGUUGUUUGAGAUGUGUGGCGGAGAGUUGGUUACAAACAAGGUUUUGGAGGCCGGGGAUGUGGAAAUGUUCUUUGAUGCGAAAUGA